AUUUCUCUUGACCCAAAGGAUUAGUUCCGUAAGAUCCCAAUUCCGCCACUAUUUUCGACCUCAUCCUCCCAAAAUUAUCCGAUCCGCUUCCGCCGCCGCUGCAACGCCGCUGAUCUUUUGCAGCAUGUUACGGAUCAGAUGAUUUCCAGUUCUUCCUUUUACUGACCGAUUUCAGGUUCUCAUGUUCUGAACCUUUGUGUUCUAUUCGUACUUUCGAUUCGCACAUUUUCCAUUUUUUUGAAAAGUUUUCUUCGAGCUCUUGGCUCUCAAAUCUGAGGUUUUGUUAGACCCUACGAAAAAUUAGGGUUUCGAAGAGCAUUUCAGUAUGCCUUCGGUACCAAUUGAUCUCUUCCUGCACCCUCUGCUUCCUUCUUUGACUUCUUUUCAUGGUGGUUCAUCGUCGCAUCGUCUUAAGCGGCUUGAAAAGAGUGAUCGGCGUGGUAAUCUUAGUUAACAUGGGGUUCUUUUAGCGCAUUUCGUGCUCUAUUCGUAUUCUUCAGCCUUCUCUUCUCCUCCUUGCUCUUGGUUCGUUCGAGAUUUGGAAUUCCUAGAGAAAUUAGAGUUGUAAGGUAAGGAUUUAUUUUUUUGAUCUCGAGGUCUUUUAGCGGUUGAAGCCUCUGAGAAGCGAGCCACUGGCAAUUGGCUACUCGUUGAGAGGGGUUUUGCAAUCCUUACUAUUGUGCGAGGUUCUAGCAGAUUUUUUGUCUUAUAUAAGCCUGAAUGGAUAUUCCUUCCGUUCACCAGAAGUUGGCUCUCCUAGACGUAGACGGGUUGGAUGAUCUGCAAUCGUCUUUGAAAGAAAUUGAUGGUACAUUGUUUAGUGAUCUUGAUGGAUUUUUUAAAAAGUCCUUGAGCCUUGAAGAUACUCAAAGUUCAGAAUGUAAACUCAGUGUGAAUUGCUGCUAUAAUUCAAAUGAUAGAAACAAACAAAAAGGGCUUGAACUUCCCGAGCUCAACUCAGCUAAUAAGUGUUUAAGCAAAUCCAAGUCCUUCCCCAUCCCUGCUGUAACAUCCCCUCCUAAGGAAUCUUCAGACAAUGAGAAGAAACCGCAAGUAGCGACGGGUGACGUGUCCUGUAAUGAGUCUAUGCAUCAAGCCUUUGCAAGAUCCAUAUCUUUACCUGCUCCUGUGAGGCUCGUAUCUGCUAUGAAAGGUAGCCGAGUACAACACUAUGGGGAGUCACCUAAGAUGACUGUGACAUGGGCUCCCGACGUGUACGAUCCUCCUCAGACAUCGUUGUGCCAUAGUGUCAAAAACAACAAGAAGCAGCAGAAAUCUAAGAACAGGAAGAAUGGAAAGAAAGGACAGAAGGGCAGCAACUCUUCACGUGGAAGUGGUGGGGGUGGUGGUAGGGACAAAAGGCAGGCUCGUAAAGCCGUUGCUAGUUCUGAUCGGUAUCAAAAAUCAUUUAACCCUCACGAAAGUCUGGUUAGUACUCUCAAUGAGUAUGAGAAUUUCGACGAUGGUAGCUCAGACUCUCACUGUGGAAGCAUCUUCCUGAAGACAUCGCUCACCAAGGUGCACUACUCUGUUACUGAAGCCUUGUGAGCGUAGCGUUACUUGUCCAAGUUUUCAUCUUCUCUUACAGUUUCUGUAAAUAAAUAAAAUGUUUUUGUUUCUUUUGUGAUUGUGGAUAACCGAGAAUCUUGGACCAAAGGAUUGUAUGACGUUAACUCGUUUGUUGUUUGUUUGAGGAUUUAUAGACCAUUUUGUUAUAUGAUGAUUUUGAAAUUCGCUUUUUAUUUAUUGAA